AUGGAUUACAGCUCCACCAUCCACGACGCUGACGACCCGGCCGGUGCCUCUCCCUGGGGCAACUCGCCCGUGUCGUCGCCUUCGCGAAACGCCUCCACCUUUCACCCCAUCUCAGGCGAUCCUCCCCCCUUUCGCUACAGCGCUCAGUCUUCGAAUGGCCUUGCGCAGGAUCACCCUGAAGGAGACAGCUUCCAGAGGCCAGGCACUGCGACGACGGCUUCCGGUACCGAGGAUGGCACCGAGGCGUCGGGCACCCUGAACCCUUCCGAGUCAGAGUCGACCGCAGCGGUCGAGGAGGGAGCUCCCGCGCAUAGCCAACAACAAGGCCAGGCUGCUGCGCAGGCUCAGGAGACGCAGACACAGCCGCAGAAGCCCACCCAGCCUCAGUAUAGACUCCAGGCCAAGAUCACAGGACUCGAGCGAACGGGCAAGAAGGAUCCCAUCCUUCGGUUCGACGUUCACACAAACAUCCCCCGCUUCCGUACUACUCAGUUCCGCGAUGUCCGCCGACUACACUCCGAGUUUGUUAAGCUGGCCGAGCAUCUGAUAUCCGCCAACCCAGAGGCCCUUGUUCCCGCAGUUCCCCCGCCUCUGACCUCGGCCGGCGCAGGUACGGAUGAGGAUGAGUCUCGUGUCAAGGCCCUGAUGCAGCGAUGGUUAAACUACGUCUGUGGCAACGAGGUCUUGAUGCAAGACGACGAAAUGGUACUCUUUGUCGAGAGCGAUUUUGGCUACAGCCCCAUGGUUAAGAGGAAACAGCCAGCUACUGGCGUCCGCAGAAAGAUUUUGAAGCAAUUUGCUCCUCCUCCUGACGAUACCCCUGAACUUGCGGAUGCUCGACCGACUGUUAAGCUGUUUUACCUUGGUAGCAUGGACGCUGGCCACAAGGUUGACAAGCUGGUCAAGGCCCGGAGAGGGCUUGGUCUCUCUGAGGCCGACUACGGUGCCAAGCUUACGAGCAUGAAUGUUCAAGAGCUUCACCCCGGUCUGGCCAAUGCCUAUCGGAAACUGGGCAAGGUCGUCCAGACCGUUGGCGACUACCAUGCGGCUCAGGCGACAGCCGAGGCCACCACCAUCGGUGACCCGUUCCAAUAUCAUUCCCAGGAUGCAUUCAUUGUCAAGGAAUCUCUAACCAACCGCCAAAUUCUGAUCCGCGAGUUUCUCCAAGCCCAAGAAGCCACACGCGGCAAGCUCAACGCAGCUGACCGGCUAAAGGCCAGCUCCAGCGUCCGUCGCGAGAAGGUGGAUGAGGCCAUCACAGCCUUGGAUGAUGCCCGUCAGCAUGAGACCUACCUGUACAACAAGACGAACCGUGUCACCCAGAACCUUGUUCAGGAGCGCCGUAAGUGGUUCUCUAGGACGUCGUCUGACCUGCGCCUGAGCAUCAGGGAGUACGUGCUCCGCGAAAUUGAGGCUGAGAGACGGACACUGGCUCUUCUCGAGACGGUUCGGCCAGAUAUUCGAUCAAUUGAUGCCUCGGGCGGCCUGAGCCGUCUCGGUCGUGAAGCGCACCCAACGGUGCGUCGUUCAAGCCUCGCCGCUAGCCAGGGUCCCAAGGGUGACGCCUGGAGUGGUGUCCCGCGCCGCUCGGAUGCAGCGAAUCGCAGCGUAUCGGGCAGUCUCAUCAGCAAGGUCUCUGAGGAGGGUGACAAUGAAGAUGCCGCCGAAACGACCCAGGGACGAGCCGCGGGUGGUCGCACAGGCCUCAAGGGAGUGAAUGAGGAGGACGAUGAGGAUCGUGUGGAUGCUAGAAAUGCUGCGAGUCGCCUGGCGGCCAGCACCUUCUAG